CACAUUCGCGGCCUUCUGCUCCAUGCAGGCACUCCUGCUCACCGCCGCGCUCAUCUUCUUCGCUAUCUGGCACAUUCUAGCAUUUGAUGAGCUGAAGACUGAUUACAAGAAUCCUAUAGACCAGUGUAAUACCCUGAAUCCUCUGGUCCUCUCCGAGUACCUCAUCCAUGCUUUCUUCUGCACCAUGUUCCUCUACGCUGCAAAGUGGCUCACGCUGGGCCUCAAUAUGUCCCUCUUGGCGUACCAUAUUUGGAGGUACAUCAGUAGACCCGUGAUGAGCGGACCUGGCCUCUACGACCCCACGACCAUCAUGAAUGCAGACAUCCUGGCGUACUGUCAGAAAGAAGGAUGGUGCAAACUAGCUUUUUACCUCCUAGCACUUUUUUUGACUACCUAUAUGGCAUGAUCUAUGUCUUGGUGAGCUCUUAGAACAACACACUGAAGAAUCGGUCUGGUUAAGUGCAUGCCGAAGCCACCACAUGAAGGGAUUCUAUCGAGCAAGAGCCUGUUUCCAAGAGUCGUCUAUGGAAUCUGAUCAGUUACUUUAAAAAAUGCCUCCUUAUUUUUUAAAUGUUUCCACAUUUUUUGCUUGUGGAAAGAACUGUUUUCAUAUGUUAUACUUGGAUAAAGAAUUGAAGUGGAAUUACGUAUAAAUGAAUAUGAAAUGAUUACCUCUGGUGUUAACAGGUGGACCUUACACUCCUUAAAGAACAGCCAUAAUCUUUUGAACGAGCACAUUAAUAACUGACCGUCCU